AUGGAACUGAAGCAAUCUCUAUCUACCCAUCUGGAAGCCGAGAAGCCUCUGAGGCGCUAUGGAGCGGUGGAGGAGACGGCGUGGAGAGCGGAGGGACUGGGGAGAAGUCAGCUGGACAUCAUCUCCAUGGCAGAGACAACCAUGAUGCCAGAGGAGAUCGAACUGGAAAUGGCGAAAAUCCAGCGCCUCCGGGAAGUUUUGGUCCGACGGGAGUCAGAGCUCAGGUUUAUGAUGGAUGACAUUCAGCUGUGCAACGACAUCAUGGACCUGAAGCAGGAGCUGCAGAACUUGGUUGCCAUCCCAGAAAAAGAAAAAACCAAGCUGCAGAAGCAGAGAGAGGACGAGCUAAUCCAGAAGAUCCACAGACUGGUGCAGAAGAGAGACUUCCUGGUGGAUGAUGCAGAGGUCGAGCGGUUAAGGGAGCAGGAAGAAGACAAGGAAAUGGCUGAUUUCCUGAGAAUCAAGUUAAAACCUCUAGACAAAGUAACUAAAUCUCCAGCCAGCUCCCGAGCCGAGAAGAAAGCAGAGCCCCCGCCUAGCAAGCCCACAGUGGCCAAGACCGGGCUGGCACUCAUCAAGGAUUGCUGUGGGGCUACCCAGUGCAGUAUCAUGUAG